AUGAAUACUUUUGCGUUGAAAUUAUAAUCCAAAGCAUACAUUAUUGGAAGUCUUAUUUCAAUAGUAGCUGCUUAUGAUUAUCUACUUGAUGUUAGAUAUAUAAAUAAAGUUUAUGAUAUCAAAUAAGAAAUCAAUAAACCUGUUUUGGCAAUUUCCAAAAAAGUACACAAAAUAGAGCCAAAAAAGCUAAAAGAUGAGCUGAUUGUGAUGAUGUAAAUAUAUUGGCAAUUUAGACAUCCAUUAUCUUAAGAGCAUAUUAUAACGAGAGUAGAGUUAGUAGAACAAGAUAAAUUAAUUCAUGAGGAUAGAAAUUCUCUUUUUGAAAUGACACUUCCAUAAGGAACAUUUUAUGGAAGAAUAAACGAGAAAUCAUUGAUGCAAAAUGAUUUUGCCAAUAUUCAAUCGCAAUCUUAAAUUAUUGGAAUUCCAAUUUUGUUAAUAUGA